AUAAUUCAUAAUGCUGUUUCUUACUUUUCUUAAUAAUAUAACAGCUUUUGUUGUUGUUGCAUCUCUCUCUCUCUCUCUCUCUCUCUCUCUCUCUAUAGGAUUUAGAAGAGAGAUAUAUUUGUUACCUACCACAGUGUAGAGUAACACUAACACCUGUUUUUCACACACCCUUUUAAUUUUCUUCUGUUAAGCUUCAUAAAAACUCAAACUUUAUUCAUAAAAACUUAGUGGGGUAUUAAUAAUCUUUACCUCACUGAUUCAUUUCAUGAAGAUUCUUAACUUGGUUAUUGAAAAAUGCUAGUAAAUGAGGACAAUGUUCAUGUUGUUGUGGACAUAGACAACAAUGACUCCGGUGACCAGUCAGAUGAGGAUCAAAUUCAAAGGUCAGAGAUUGUUGGAGUGUCUGACAAACAAAGAGGAUCUAUUGAUUCAUCUGAAUCAGUUGAAUCAGAAUGUUCUGUUGAGUUGGAUCUGGAUGGUGUUGUAGUUUCUGAUGUUAAGGUACAUUUGGAUAAAGUGGAGAGAGAUUGUAGGAUAUGUCAUCUUAGUAUGGAUAUGACAAAUCAUGAAUCUGGAAUUCCUAUGGAGCUUGGUUGUUCUUGUAAGGAGGAUUUGGCUGCUGCUCAUAGACAUUGUGCUGAAGCUUGGUUCAAGAUUAAGGGAAAUAAAACUUGUGAAAUCUGUGGAUCAAUUGCACACAAUGUAGCUGGUGCCAUUGAAGUUCAAAUGGCAGAACAGUAUAAUGAAUCAAGUGAUCCUUCCAUGGUACCACCAACCGGACCUUCACCGCCAUCAGAAACUCGAAAUUUUUGGCAAGGACACCGAUUUUUGAAUUUCCUUCUUGCAUGUAUGGUUUUCGCCUUCGUCAUAUCAUGGCUUUUUCACUUCAAUGUUCCCUCUUGAAUUCCUGUGUAAUGUAACUUGUGGAUGAAGCAAAUGUAACAUGAUAGAGGGUUAUCAAUACAGGUAUAUUAAACUCAAUACCUUGUGUGUCUCUCCAUAGUUUGUUUUGUAACUGUUUUUUUUUCUUUUUACAUAUAUGAAUGUAUGAUGUUCAUAUAUGUUUUUUUUUUAUGUAUUGUUGUUUAUUUUAUUUUGUUCAAAUUAGAAUAGUAUCAAUGAUUUGUAUAUCAAUGAUUUGAUAAUUUGUUUGAUGUUGUGUUUUGUGUAUAUAUAGUCAUUAAUAUGAGGGAGAGAAGGACAUGUAUGUCUUAUAUAUAGUAAUUUAUUUUGUUCAAAUUAGAAUAGUAUCAAUGAUCUUGAAUUUGGAACUUUUAAUUGUUAUUUGAAUAACUUUGGUUUCAAGUAUAUAGAUGUUCGAAUUUGAUGA